CAUUUUAGCUACUUGUGCCAAUUUAUAGUCUGUACUUUUUACGAAACAUUAUAAGGCUUUUGAAAAAAAAAAAGAUGACACCCCAUCCCUGAGGGCCCCCCAACACCGACCAGACGGCACGAUGGGAGGAUGUAAAUUGGACUAUAAUCACAAUAUGAUAGAUAGAGAGUGGAGCUCCGUCCCCGAUACUUGCAGAGGCCCUAUGCAAUUUUCAGCAUAGUAAUCCCUCAUCGCAGUUGCCGGGAUUUGAAAUCGAGACCUAACCCUUGUGGCACUCCCUCGCUACCAGUUGAGCUACGCCCACCGGUAUAAGGCUUUUGAAAGGAAGUAGAGGUGGGGGUAAGCUUCAUGAUUGCUCAUGAGAUUCACUGAAUGAGUUGGACAUUGAUAAUGGAAUUAUUGUAGAUAUUCUACACGGCAAAACUAUGACAAAAAGAAAAAGGCAAGAACAGAAGAAAAGUUUAUCAAACUGGUGAUGAUGAUUAUUACUUCAUGUCCAUAUAUCAAGCUAACAUUGGCCGCUGUGUUUAGGAAUUUGACAUUUGUUCAUAUCGUUGAGCACUUGACUGACAUGAGCAACCUAUAUCCUUCGUAUAUGAAUUCAACCCGCCACCUGCUCCGCACUAAUUCGCACUUUUUAGUCUUGAGAUAGGACACUGAUGAUACUACGACUUUUUAAAGGACACCUCAACAAAACCAAGGCCCUACGAAGAGGAAAAUAUGGAAAUGGGUCUUUUUUGGGAUUUUAAGGAGCCUUUACCCCUAUUUUCACUUUAUUAGUUGUAUCAAAUACCAUCUUUAUUUUGCUGAAUUGUGUAUUAAAUCAAAUAAGUGAGGUUGAUGUCGCUUAUUUGGCUGAAUUGGUUGAAACAAUUCUCUGGAAGACUAAGGAAUUAUAAAUACUUACUGUUCUCAUUUUCACACACUUCAACUAUCUAAAUACAAAGUACAUAGUAUCUAUUUGUAGGAUUCUUCCACCUUCUUUCUUGGAAGUUGCCAAGAGGCAUCUCACACCUUCUUGGAAGGAGGUCUCCAACAUAUGAACAUGGUGAAGAUAUGGAGAUAACUAUGGAAGCUUGGAUGCAACUUCCUCUUGUCUCCAAACCAGCCUAUAAAUAGAGUGUUCUAUUGUUGUUCAUAUCAUCAGUUUAGAAAGUGAGAAAAGUGUGUGAAGAGUUAAAUACACUUAGAGUAGAAGUGUAUUGGUGAGGAUUGGUUUUUUGUAAUAGUUGAGUGUGAGAGUUUGCUCCUCCUAUUGUAAUUCUGUUCUUGAUAUUGAAUGGAAGAAUUUUCCAAUCCCAACAAGUGGUAUCAGAGCGAGGUUGAGUUUUCAUACACUGUUUUCUCAUUUUCAGAUAAAUUUCUACAGGUUAGAAAAUCGUGAUUUUUCAAGUUGCUCGGAAUCACGAUCUGAUCAUACCGUUAGAUUCGUCUCGUCGAGACGAGAAAUCUGGUAUUUUUGGGGAAUUUUUUGGCCACCGGAAGAGGCCGUACGCGCCGCCCAAACGCGCCGGAAAACUGCCUGCGUCAUCAUUGCGUCAUCACGCAGUCCAGAGGAAGAAGACGAGCCGUGCAAGCCAUCCUCUGGGUGCCGCGUCAGCGCCACGUCAGUGACACGUGGCGCCACGUCAGCGCCAGCGCAGAGCCAGCUGUUGCCACGUCAUCCGCCUGCUGGUCUACUUACUGGGCUGCUGCCUGAACCGGACCGAACCGGUUCGUACUUGUGGAGGCCGGUUCACCCAUUUUCAGACCGGUUUUGGACGAGGUCAGACCGGUUCCUACCAUUUUCGGCCAUUCUGGAUCAAACAGUGAGCUCCGUUUGUCCAAAUUCGGCUCCGAAAAUAAGGUACGAGAUAUUUUGAGCGUUUUAUUAUGGAUAAAUCAUCAUCGGACACCAUGAUUGCGCUCACUUCCACAAAUUAUAAUAUGUGGAAGCCUCGGAUGGAGGAUUUGCUAAAUUUGAGGGAUUUAGCUGAUCCUCUUGAUAAUAAUGGCGUGAAACCGGAUAAAAAGACAGAUGAAGAAUGGACAAAAAUGAAUAGAAAAACUGUCGCACAAAUUCGGCAGUGGAUCGAUCAUAGUGUGUUCCACCAUGUUGCGCAAGAACAAAGUGCUUACACACUAUGGGAGAAGCUUGGUAGCAUGUACCAAGCAAAAACCGCCUGAAAUAAGACAUUACUAAUGAGGAGAUUAGUAAACCACAAGUUACGAGGAGGUAUUUCGGUGUCAGAACACACCAGUCAAUUCCAGGAUCUUGUGAAUCAGUUGAGCACCACCGGCUGGGUUCUCAAAGAUGAAGAGCAGGCGAUACUACUCUUGAGCUCUCUACCUGACAGCUGGGAGACUCUUGUUGUCACUCUCAGCAAUUCUGCUCCCAAUGGAAAAGUGACUAUGCAGAUGGUCACAGAUGCCCUUAUGAACGAAGAAGCCCGAAGAAAAGAAGCCGGGACUGAACAAUCAUAUGCCUUCGUGUCAGAAAUCAGCAGACGAGGGGGAGGCAGAAAUGGAGGAAGAAGUCGAGGUCGAGGUAGAGGCCAAGGUCAAAACAGAGAAAAUUCUCAAGUUCGCGGCCGAUCACAAGAACGAGGUAUGUCCUGUGAAAACAAUACUUGGUUUGAAGGAUAUUGCAACUACUGUGGUAAUUAUGGGCAUAGAAAAAGAGAUUGUAGAAAGUUUCUACGAGAGCAGCCACAGACGAGUCAAAAUACUAGCCAAGAAGACGGUGAGACCAUGGUUAGUUUGUCAUCAGACGUAUGUCUUGUUACACAUGGUGAACAAGAAUGUUUACACGUAGGUACUCAUGAUGUUGAGUGGGUGAUUGAUACAGCCGCAUCAUUUCACGCCACUCCACACCAGAACUUAUUCACAUCUUAUAAGUCAGGAGACUUUGGAGCUGUGAAGAUGGGAAACACGAGUUUCUCGAAGAUUGUUGGCAUUGGUGAUGUGCACAUAACAACCAAUGUCGGAUGCGCACUUGUGUUGAAAGAUGUUCGACAUGUUCCGGAUCUUAGAUUGAAUCUUAUCUCCGGUACAGCUCUGGAUCAGCAAGGAUAUCUUAACCGAUUCAAAGAAGGUACGUGGAAGUUAUCUAAAGGUUCCUUGGUUGUUGCAAGAGGCCAUAUUUGUGGUACUCUUUAUAAAACUCAUGCAAAGUUGUGUCAUCCAAGUCUUAAUGUUGUUGAAGAAGAGAUAUCACCAAACUUGUGGCACCGGAGGCUAGGCCACUUGAGCGUGAAGGGAUUGACAACUCUUGCAAAGAAGGAAGUCAUUUCCAUGGGCAAGGGUAUUGCCCUAGAUCCAUGCGAACAUUGUCUAUUCGGGAAACAACACAAGGUUUCCUUCAGUUCUACCAGGAAGAACCAUUCAGAGUUACUCAGUCUUGUACACUCUGAUGUAUGCGGACCCAUUGAAGAGGAGUCACUUGGAGGAAACAGAUAUUUCGUGACAUUCAUUGAUGAUGCAUCACGAAAGGUAUGGGCUUAUUGUUUGAAGAGUAAGGACCAAGUGUUUGAUCGCUACAAAUUAUUUCAUGCCAUGGUAGAAAGAGAAACAGGGAAGAAGCUGAAGUGUCUACGUUCAGACAAUGGAGGAGAGUACACUUCCCGAGAGUUCUCAGCAUAUUGCGCCGCAUAUGGAAUCAGACAUGAGAAGACGGUUCCACGAACUCCGCAACACAAUGGUGUAGCCGAAAGAAUGAAUCGGACCAUUAUGGAGAAAGUUCGUUGCAUGCUGAGUAUGGCUAAACUACCUAAGCCAUUCUGGGGUGAAGCUGUGCUGACAGCUUGUUAUCUUAUAAACAGGUCACCUUCUGUUCCUUUAAACUUUGAAGUGCCAGAAAAGAAAUGGUCAAGAAGAGAUGUUUCUUACUCUCACUUGAAAGUGUUCGGGUGCAAGGCAUUUGCACAUGUGUCCAAGGAGUUGAGACAGAAGCUUGAUCUCAAGUCAAACCCAUGCAUCUUCAUCGGGUAUGGUGAUGAAGAAUUCGGAUACCGGUUGUGGGAUCCCGAAUUGAAGAAAGUUGUACGAAGCAGAGAUGUUGUAUUUCAUGAAAACGAGUUUCAUGGGUGUGUUCCAAUAAUCCGCCAACAACAUACUCCAGAAGACGAAGUGUCUGUAUCAUCAAACAUUCCUCUCAGCGACGAGGAGAUGCAUGAUACUACUGAACAAGAGAGUGAUGGUUCAGUAGGUGAUGAUGAUACUCACAGUGAUGAUAUUCCUCAGCAGGGGGAGCCUUCAUCUGAAGACGAAGCUGAAGGUACUCAUGUUCGACGUUCUAUGCGAGGCAUAGUUCCACAGAGAAAGUAUUCCACAUCCGAAUGGAUACUUGUUGCCAGCGAGGGGGAGCCAACGAGCAUCGCAGGAACGAGAAAAAUAAAGAAAAAGGUGGAGGGGGAGAUUUGUAGGAUUCUUCCACCUUCUUUCUUGGAAGUUGCCAAGAGGCAUCUCACACCUUCUUGGAAGGAGGUCUCCAACAUAUGAACAUGGUGAAGAUAUGGAGAUAACUAUGGAAGCUUGGAUGCAAUUUUCUCUUGUCUCCAAACCAGCCUAUAAAUAGAGUGUUCUAUUGUUGUUCAUAUCAUCAGUUUAGAAAGUGAGAAAAGUGUGUGAAGAGUUAAAUACACUUAGAGUAGAAGUGUAUUGGUG